GCAAGAGGAGAUGCCAUCUCCAUGUUGGAUAUCAUACAGAGACACCAUGAUGUCCUGUUUUGUAAGGGAGAUAUCACAGAUGAAUGGGAUGUGUCAGAUGUAUUGAAAGAGUCAGGCACCACAUGUAUUGUACAGACUGCCUCACCACAGGACAACACAGAAGACCCCUCCAUCUACUACAAGGUCAACAUCAAAGGCACCCAAGCCAUCACAGCUGGAGUCCAUAGACUCAUCUACAAGACAUUCAUGCCUGGAGACUGUCAAGUGAUGGCCAGCCUAUACCAAGCAUAUCAAUGCAGCCAAACCCACAUCCAGAUUGAUGACAACAACAAUCUGUUUGAUUAUAACAAUGUCAGGAAUGCCACACAAGUCCACCUACUCACAGUGGACAAACUUGUUCCUCCUCCCUCUUACUCCUCUACCAUGUUGGGCAAACCCAAACUAUACCCUGAAAAACUCAACAAGUCCCUACACUGCACUCCCCCUCCCAUAUAUGCCACUACUGAAUAUCAUCACAUGCCACCCAGCCCCACACAACCACUCAGUCCCUAUGUCACACCCCACCCA